CACUCCUUUCUCUUUUGAAAAGCCCCUUGUGAAGCAGAUUGACAGGCUAGAAUGAAAAUGAGGCGGACGCUCGGUCGCGACUUCAGUGCGUACGCGUCCUUUUGAGAAGACCUCUAAACUUGGAUCAUAUCACCAUGGGAGCUAUUUGGGCUACAAGGGACUUUUGUUUGUUUUUGCUCUUGUUAAAUAGUCGCCAAAGCGCUGCGCUUCCAGAGAUUCGAGAUCCAUGCGCAGAGGGAAGCGAUGGCUGUCACAUUGAUGCUAUUUGUCAGACUACCCAAGGCUCCUACAAGUGCACGUGUAAAGCAGGCUUUAAAGGAGAUGGAAAACACUGUGAAGAUAUUGAUGAAUGCGACUUGGAGUACAAUGGUGGUUGUGUACAGGAGUGCAACAACAUACCAGGCAAUUAUCGCUGCACUUGUUAUGAUGGAUUCAACUUGGCACACGAUGGGCACAACUGUCUAGAUGUCGAUGAAUGCAAGUUCAACAAUGGCGGGUGCCAACACACUUGUGUCAACACCAUGGGCAGCUACGAGUGCCGCUGCAAAGAGGGCUUCUUCCUCAGCGACAACCAGCACACAUGCAUCCACCGCUCUGUGGAGGGCCUCAACUGUAUGAAUAAGGAGCACGGCUGCGCCCACAUCUGCAAGGAGACACCCAAAGGAGGUGUGGCCUGUGAGUGUCGUCCAGGGUUUGAGCUGGCCAGGAACCAGAGAGGCUGCAUCUUAACGUGUAACCAUGGCAACGGAGGCUGCCAGCACAUGUGCGAGGACACAGAGAACGGCCCCAUAUGCAAGUGUCACGUCAGGUACACUCUGCAACCCGACAAGAGGUCAUGUGUAGAACGAGACGAAGCCACCACCGAGUCCUCAGACCACAACGCCACGUCCUUCGCAGAGGUGGACAAGCGGGUCAAACGAAGGCUGUUAAUGGAAACCUGUGCGGUGAACAAUGGGGGCUGUGACUGCACCUGUAAAGACACAUCCACAGGCGUGCGCUGCAGCUGCCCUGUUGGCUUCACACUGCAGCCGGAUGGAAAAACAUGCAAAGACAUUGACGAGUGUGAGCUUCACAACGGCGGUUGCGACCACUUCUGCAGGAACACCAUCGGCAGCUUUGAGUGCAACUGCAGAAAAGGCUUUAAGCUGCUGACUGAUGAACGUUCUUGUCAAGAUAUAGAUGAGUGUUUUUUCGAGCGCACAUGUGAUCACACGUGUGUGAACUCCCCCGGUGGUUUUCAGUGUCUAUGCAACAAAGGCUAUACCAUGUACGGACUGGCCCACUGCGGAGAUAUCAAUGAAUGCAGUGUGAACAAUGGUGGUUGUGAGCAGGGUUGUGAGAACACCAUGGGUGGAUUUGAAUGCUUUUGCCGCCCUGGCUAUAAGCUACAUUGGAACAAAAAGGACUGCAAUGAGGCUGAGGGUUUACCAUCUGCAAACCCCCCCUCUAAGCCUACUUUGAACUGUAGUAAGCAGGAGGGAGGGGACCGCUGCUUUCUGACCUGCCAGUCCCAAGUUCACAUCAGCAGUGGGACGGAGGAUUCCUACACGGUGACCUGUGGAAUGCCUCUGCCCUGCUUGGCUGACGCACAAAAGAACAACAGUGGCUUGUAUUGCUUAGCUCCAGAAAUGGCUGGUGUUCCACGCAUUAAGACCACAGCCACUUUUAAGUCUGGAACCGCGAAGUGCAACUUAAAACGGAGUCAGGAGAAACUCAGGGAGAGCUUAAACUCGGCACACUCAGAUAGCAGGUUUCUCUUCACCGAAAAUGUCCAGUUCAGCUAUGUGAGCCUGCGCUGCACCUCGUCCGGACAGCGAAUGCGCAGCCGCCACGGCAGGAAGGCGGGUGAGGAGGACGGCUCCUCGAUCACAGCUGAAUUUGAGCUGGACGUGAACCUAGAGGAGGUAACAGCAGAGAGUUGUGACCUGAACUGUGUCCGUCGACGCUCAGAGAAGAGGCUCAGGAAAACCAUCAGAACCCUGAGGAAGUCCAUCAACCGGGAACAGUUCCACCUCCACUUUGCUGGAGCUGAUUAUGAACUAUCCAAGGGCCAGCCGGCUGAGCUGCCUGGACGCUGUGUGGCAGGACAGGUGCUGGUGGGCAGGAAAUGCGUGAGCUGCAGUGUUGGAACGUACUUCGAUGGCGAUCAGGGACGCUGUGUCCUGUGUCCAGCUGGAACGUAUCAGGAUGAGGAGGGACAGAUGUCUUGUGAGGUCUGUCCAGGACCUGAAGGAAGAGAAGUCUCCAAGGUGGUCGGAGCCCGAAACAUGUCAGAGUGUGGAGGUCAGUGCUCCCCUGGUCAGUACUCCCACGAUGGCUUCAUCCCCUGCCUGUCCUGUCCAUUGGGAACCUACCAGCCAGAGGUGGGACGCACCUCCUGCUUCCCUUGUGGAGGAAACCUGGUCACCAAGCGAAGUGGGGCUGUUACCUUUCAGGAGUGUGAGACCAAAGUCCAGUGCUCUCCAGGACAUUACUAUAACACCAGCACACACCGCUGCAUUCGCUGUCCCAUGGGCACAUAUCAGGUGGAGUUUGGCCAAAACUACUGCAUGGCCUGUCCUGGAAAUACCACCACCGACUUUGAUGGCUCCACGAACAUCAUGCAGUGCAAAAACCGGCAAUGUGGAGGAGAGCUGGGAGAUUUUACCGGCUACAUCGAGUCCCCCAACUACCCGGGGAACUAUCCAGCCAAUGUCGAGUGCACUUGGACCAUCAACCCACCGCCCAAACGCAGGAUCCUUAUUGUUGUCCCAGAAAUCUACCUGCCUAUUGAGGAUGAAUGUGGAGACUACUUAGUAAUGAGAAAAAGCUCUCUCUCCAACUCUGUGACAACCUAUGAGACGUGUCAGACGUACGAGCGUCCCAUCGCUUUCACCUCCCGCUCCAAGAGGCUUUGGAUACAGUUCCGGUCCAAUGAGGGAAACAGUGGAAAAGGCUUCCAGGUUCCUUAUGUGACAUAUGAUGAGGACUACCAAGAAUUGAUAGAAGACAUAGUCAGAGAUGGAAGAUUAUACGCUUCAGAGAAUCACCAGGAAAUUCUCAAGGACAAGAAGCUCAUGAAGGCGUUGUUUGACGUGCUGGCUCACCCACAGAACUUCUUCAACUACACGGCACAAGAAUCAAGAGAAAUGUUCCCGAAAUCCUUCAUCCGCUUCCUGCGUUCCAAAGUCCUGAGAUUCCUUCGCCCCUAAAAACCACCCGGUUUCUGGAUUUUUCACGAUAAACUAGAUUACAUACUGGUCAGAGUAUCUGUUUCAUCCACUGGCCCUUUUAAGAGUAUAGCUACCUGUUGUCAUACACAUCCACACCAGAGUGGACAACACACUUGAUAAAACUGAUCCUGACUGGACAAUUCAAGCAAGUGGACUUUUAUGUGGAGCUUUAAGAGGGAGAAGUGAAGUGGUGCUGAGCAUAGACCUGAUGGGCAUCUUCAAAAAGGAAUCAGGAUUUCUUCCCUUUGUUUGGAUUUUUUUUUAGCAACAGAAGAAUUGUAAUGACUCCUUUAGAUUUUAAAAACAGGAUUUAAAUCCAAAGUGCACAUCUGUGUAUCUGAAUAUUGCUACAUACUGUUCAUGCUGACAUUAUGGGACUUUAAUAGCAUUAUGAUGAUAAAUCAACAUGGUAGCAGGUAACAGAUACAUACUGACUGUCAGUGACACUGUAUAUAGAGUGUGUAUCUAGUUUUAACAUAGGCUACUUUCACAGAUAGAGAUUAAUUAUUGACAGAAAUACUGCUUAAUGUCAGAAACAAACAUAGCACAAAUGUUUUUUUGGGAACAUUAGCACUACUAAAGAAGUAGUCCCACCACAAAAGCAAUUAUUCUGAUGAAUGUUUUGUAUAUGAUGUAAAAAGUUUUAGGUGAAACCCUAAUGUAUUGUAGCGACUACAUACAUUUUGACAAUAUAGGUUUGCUGCAUUUGCUGGUGGUCGUUUUUGGUGUUUGAAGGUGUCAAGAUGAGUGCUGCUGUUCUUAAAAAAAAACUUUUUAUUUUCCAAAAAUAGACUGCGACUUUUUACAUUCGCAAAGACAUCAGCUGGCAAAAUGACACCAGUAUGCAUCGAUAUAUUUUCUACUGUUAUUGUCUAGCAACCAAAGACAACUAAUCACUCUGCAGACACUCAGAGAAACUGAACCAUGUGAUACCAGAGUACAUGAAAAGUCCUGUAAAAUACAACUGAGCUACUCACCUGUUUUAGAUGAUACAUGUAUGUAUAUUUUUUAUGAUUUUGUACAUCUAAUAUACUGUAAAUAAAGAUAGGAAACUUA